GCUGUUUCCUAAGUAGCACAGAGUGAACCGGAUAUUAUCGGAAUGUCAAAGAUGGGACUCCUCAUGUAACGGUGGAUUUUUCUUGAAUAGUUUGUUUGCUUGUUUUUGGCGUCUUACCGGAUGGUAACACAUUGAUUGGACUUUUUAUUUGUGAGGGGAGCACUGCUCGGGAGGAUAUGGCUCUGAGCCAAGUUAGUCGCAGUGUGCGGCUGCUCUUAGGUCAAAUUCAACGCUGUCGGCCAGCCCUGCUUUCAAACCAGACGGCUCGGUGUCUGAGUCAAGCAGCUUCUCAGCCAGAGCCCUCCGCGGAUGAAAAUGAAGCCGUGAACCCGACCUUUGUAAACAGAAAUCCCCGCAACCUGGAGCAGAUGGCUCUGGCUGUGAAGGAUCGGGGCUGGAAGACAACCUGGCCACACCGGGAGUUCUACCACAGGUUGAUGUUCUCCCGUAGCCAACACCAUGUGACAGCCCAAGUGUUUUCCAGCUGCUCCCCUAUUCCGGUGCUUUCUUGUUCGACCAAAGAGUGGGCUGUGAAGAAGGAGCUGGCUUCUACAAACUGCGUGGCAGCCUGUCAGGCUGUGGGCGAGGUGCUGGCGCAUCGCUGCCAGCAGGCUGGCAUCACCAGGAUGGUGUAUAGGGUGAUUCCCUGGACAUACCGCUCAGAUUCUGUUCAGUCUUUCAGAGCUGCAAUGAAAGCAGGAGGAAUAAUUCUAAGUGAACCCAGAAGGAAAUACAUUGGGACCUGACUUUAAUUCAUCAGUCAAAUCAGCUGUUCUGUAUAAAUCUGCUCUUUAUCCCCAUUACCCCUCUCUUUUGUUAACUAUUACUGUGCUGAUAUUAAGAUUACAACUGCUACAGUAAAAAAUAGGAAUCAAAAGAA